GCUGUUGAUGGAGAAGAGGGCGGAUGACAGCCGGGACUGUGGUCAUCACCGGGGGCAUCUUGGCGACUGUGAUUCUGCUCUGCAUCAUCGCAGUUCUGUGCUACUGCCGCCUCCAGUACUACUGCUGUAAGAAGGACGAGUCAGAGGAGGACGAGGAGGAGCCGGACUUCGCCGUGCACUCGCACCUGCCCCCCCUGCACUCCAACCGCAACCUCGUGCUGACCAACGGGCCCGCGCUGUACCCGGCCGCCUCCACCUCCUUCCGCCAGAAGUCCCCACAGGCCCGCACACUCUGCCGCAGCUGCUCCCAGUACGAGCCACCAACCUUCUUCCUGCAGGAGCCUGAGGACGAGGACGAGGCUGUGCGCAACGGCGGGGGGCGCGUGGCCUAUAAGAGCAUCAGCCAGGAGGACCUGGAGCUGCCUGCCGGGGGCUUCGGGGGCCUGCAGGCGCUCAACCCCAACCGCCUGUCGGCCAUGCGCGAGGCCUUCUCCCGGAGCCGCAGUGUCAGCACGGACGUGUGAC